UUUCAUGCUUUAAGCGGCCUGCCAUCUGUAGUUACACUGGAAACAACCGGCGCUCCCGAUAUGGCGUACAGUCUGAAAAUCUUGGACAACACUCAAACUCCAACCGACACGGCAAAGUUCGGAGAAUCCGUUUUCCUGGAAGUCUCUAUGGACGCCACAGAUGCUGACGAACAGGGGGUGCAGGUUGAGUCUUGUACGGUAAUUAGUGGAACUGCCAGAUUGCCGAUCAUUGAGAACUUCUGUGUGGUGCCGGACAAGGCUUUAGUGUUUCAGCUGGGUGGAUUCGUAUCCUCCAAAACUAGAGCGACCUUUCCUAUCACUGUGUUCGGGCUGGAAGGGUCACAGAGCACACUCCUGUCGUUUGAAUGCGUGGUCAAAGUUUGUCCAUCACCAUGCGAUGGGCUGAACUGUCCAGCAACACCAGCGGGAAAGAGAAAAAGGCGAGCUGCUGGCGACGAACCCACUCAAGACAAAAGUCUGAAAAUGGCGACCCAAAUCCAGGUCCUACCCAUCGGUGUGCCCAUUUCCGGAAGUCAAACGGGCCAGCAAGACUCAAAUUCCAUGACGUGUAUGCAGAGCCUCGGUUUCAUCGUCACAGUGGCUGUCCUCUCGGUGCUGCUUAUCGUUGCCAUGGUCACAGUUGUUUUUAUGUUUACCACCAGGCGACGCGAGGUUCAGAAGCAAGGCGCGUAAAUCUUGAUGAUGUGGCAAAGAACCGCUGACGCGAAAGAAGACCGCAAUCAUAUGUAACUCAAUAACACAGUAGAGAUGAUAUUCAGUCGUUUGAAGAAAUAAAAUUUAUUUUCUUCCUGAA